CAGUACGAAAUGAAAAUGGCGCGCGUGCAAGCCAGACACCGAUGUCGAUCUCUAAUUGCAAAGGCAAUUUUAUGCGCAACGCCGUCGUCCAUCCUCGUCAUCUGGGCGCUUGUAGCCGGUGUCCUCGCUGCGCCGCAGAACCCGAACGAGAUCACGGUUGUGAAGCAGGAGGAAGUCAACAACAUCGGAGUAGGUGGAUAUCACUUCAGCUAUGAGCAGAGCGAUGGCCAGAAGAGAGAGGAGACGGCCGAACUGAAGAACGAAGGCACCGACAACGAGGCGAUGAGCGUUGUCGGUAGCUUCAGUUUCAUCGCACCGGAUGGACACACGUACAGGGUCGAGUAUACCGCGGACGAGACUGGAUUCCACCCUACCAUCAAUCUCGUCUCAAAGUAAUAGGGCUCGAGGACUGAGUUACAUUACCUAGGACUCUGCGGUCGUCGACACGCACACAUACACACACACACACACAGACGUACACGCAUACAUACACAUGUACACAACUACAUGUAAUUAGACACGCGCAUUAGGAUGUACUUUGUACUUGUAUACUGCGAGACACGCGAUUCACCGAUGCGAACCGCCGUCGAUCGACGGAGAACGAUCGAUCUUCCGCGCGCGGUUGGCCGAUUCGUUUCGGCGAACUCGGCGGAAUUGAUCGCGUUAUUUUGCCGACGGGGGCAUUGCGAAAUGCAUGCACGCGAUGCAGCGCGCAGACGUUGCUCGAAAUCAUUGAGAAUUUUGCAAUCGGACUCGCCGGUGCACCGCGUCCCAGGAUCGUUCGCGCUCCGAAACCGGCAACGAUUUCACGAGCGAAACGGUGCGUCGCAGCAAAUAUACGAGAUCUCAACACGGCGUCGAAUACAGUAAUAAAAUACAUAGCCGGCAGUACAGAGUCGAAAUUCUUUCGCUGUGCAAUUCUUUAUCGACUUGCGUUCGCGCAAGGAGCAUCCGCACGCGUUACGCAAUAUGUGCUAACAAGCCGCGGCACGUCUGCAUGCAUUCACGUGUCUCGAAGAGUGAAACGCGUGCCCGCUCGCAGCCGGCGAUAUAUACCAUUCAGUUUCUCGAAACUGCCAGCAAACACAACUUGAACGAGAGACGUCAGGGGUUUUCAUUUGCAACUCUAUCUCAGCGAGGCGAGACGGUGCAACAUUCAUUGCUGCGCCGCGAUACCAGUGUUCGAAGGCGCAAUUUUUUUAUACACGUCUAUAUAUAUAUGUAUCUAUAACAGAAUGCAGCUCAUACAAAUAAACUUGUAUACAUACUGAA